AACAAAGCAACACCACUAAAAAUGGCGACGUGUGAGAGUGGCAGAGACGCUCGUAACGACUUAGACCGCCAUAAUGACUUAGACGAGCCCGGCGCGGCUCUUUACGGCAACUUUAUUCAUUAUUACACUUUUAACCCGCCGGAGAACAGACUGAGUCUGAUCCCCGCCACGCUCCUCGCAGAUUUAGGCUUCAUGGACGGCCGCCACUCGACCUUGCUGCUGGACGUGGGCUGCAACACCGGGGAGUUAAGUGUAGCACUGUACAAGCACCUGGUGCAAACCCCGCAAUCAAACGUCCACCUCCUGGGCGUCGACCUGGACGACGCCCUCAUCCAGCGGGCCACACGCAGCAACCCUCUCCCCGACAGCGUCACCUUCACCCCGCUGGACAUCACCGGGGACUGCGCGCCGCUGCGGGAGCACCUGCGCCUGCGCGGGUGCGCGCACUUCCACUUGACGCUGUGCCUGGCGGUCACCAUGUGGGUGCACCUCAACCACGGCGACGCCGGCCUGCUGCGGCUGCUCUCCCGCCUGGCCGAGCUCAGCCAGCUUGUGCUGCUGGAGGCGCAGCCCUGGAAGUGUUACCGCUCAGCGGCCAGGAGGCUCCGGAAGCUCGGCCGUUCGGACUUUGAGCACUUCAAGGAGCUGAAGAUGCGGGGGGACAUGAGCGAACACGCCAGGCGACACCUGGUGGGAACCUGCGACAUGGAGCUGGUGCGGAGCUUCGGGAGAACCGCGUGGGACCGGAAGUUGUUAUUGUUUAAACGGAAGUGACGUCGGGGUAGUUUUUUUUGUUACACCGGAAGUCAAACGGUAAAAAUAAAUAGUUUUGUACCUUUGACAAUAAAAUAACAUAAAUGUA